CUGCGAAAUCGCACAGGCAUUAGGCAGCCCGUUCAAAAUAAACGGGCGGAUUAAUUCGAUGGGAUUGCGGGAGCGGCACGCGCGGGAGGGCGGGAUGCUCCGCGCGCGGCGAGCGCGUAGUACUCCGCUUUCAACUGCGUGCUAACUUCCAGACCCUCUCGUACAUGUGUCUCCACCCCUAUGAUAUAGUCGACGAUAAGGAUGACGAUGGUACCGAGGACGGUUCGGAAACCAGGCGGCUUCCGGUCAGCCGCAGCGUCGUUGGCGACGCAGAAUGAGGUCGAGCGUCCGUACGAUAGCAUGAAAAUCGCGGAUUUCUCUCACGGUGUACCCGCACGAUUCGUCCGCAUGAAUUAUCGCCAUUGAUCGUUGUUAUUGCUUCGUCGAGAGGAAAAUAAUUUUAAUCGACAAGAACGCGAGAAUUGUGAGUGUACCAGCGACAGCGACAACGACAGCGACAGCGACAGCGAUGAUGCAAGAGCACAAAUCCUUCUUGAUUAGAGAUCUUCUAGGAGAUGUAUUAGCCGAUCGAGUUCAAGAAGACUCGGAUGAUUCGGUUGUUCAUUCGGACUCCGAAGACACGAUUGAUCCUGGCAGCAGCCCUUGCACGCGUCUAGAGAGUCCUCCGCCGACACUUUCACCAUCGCCUAAUCCAUCAACCAUAUCUGGAAAAUCUUGUGGGAUGACCAUCAAUAGUGCACUACCAGCUGGUAGAAAACCACGAAGACGACGAACCGCUUUUACUCACGCUCAGUUGGCUUAUCUUGAAAGGAAAUUUCGUUGUCAGAAAUAUCUCAGUGUAGCGGAUCGCAGCGAUGUCGCGGACGCUUUAUCGCUAUCGGAAACCCAAGUGAAGACUUGGUAUCAAAACAGAAGAACAAAGUGGAAGCGACAAAACCAGCUACGAUUGGAGCAGCUGCGUCAUCAAGCGACUGUCGAAAAAGAUCUUCUGGUACGCAGUGUGAGUCUUCAUCAUAGUAACAUAGACGCUUAUUGUUCACCGUAUAAUACACAAACGCAAAGUAAUCAUCCGCCACCGCCACCACCGCCGCCGGCACCAUCUACAGCUUCCACGGCAGCAUUUCUUUCGACGGCGGCCGCGCUUUUCCGAAAUGUUACCUAUGUUCACGGCUGCCCCCUUUAAUCUGCAUUUGCUAAUUUUGAAGAUAAUCUUCAGAUCAACGCACAAUUUAGCUCAAAGUUCUGAAGAAAAGUUCUUUCAGCGAACUACUUGUGUCGUGAGUGUCGUUAAGUUAGCUUAGUGUUUCCAAAAUCAUCAAUUUAUCUUUAGUUAUUUUCAAACUUUACAAAUUGGUGAAUUAAUUGGAAAAAUUUGCAUUGACAAAUCGUUUUAUAUAGUAACCAAUAAG